CGCCACGUGACUCCGUAACCAAAACCAAGUAUGGCGGAAUCUGUCACAAAACGGGUCUUUCGCAUGUAGACUUCCCGAGUGAUAAAGUCAAUAUAUUUAUUCUGCAUCUUUCUCGGGACGGGGCCGCCUCUUGGAGCUUCUAGGCUGGUACAAGUGAGCGGGUGUCUCUGAUUGGAUUACCUGAACAGUAGGCUGUCUGGUGGAGGACUGUUUCCUGUUGCUGACCAGUGAAGACACUUGUGGGGGAUUGUGUUUCCUGCUGAGGAGUACUGUGGCCCUGACCUUGGUACACAUCAGACCAACCCCCUUCCCUACACACACACACACUAUAACCCCCCGACCCACACACACACUAUAACCCCCCGACCCACACACACACUCCACCUGUCCCGUCCUCCUCCUAUCCAGGCCGUAUAUUUUAAAACUUCACUGUGGAUUCUCCAAGGACCAUCCUGUCAACAAUGACAUCACACAGUCACCAAGAAGGACUCCUGGGCAAGGAGCAGCAGCUGGAUGUCCUGAAGACGUCUGCCCUCAACCACAUCCCCACAGGAAAUGGAGGAGCAGCAGAAUACACAGACAGCAGGCCUACGACUGCCCUGUGAUGUCACCAGCACAGAGAGAGGGAGGAGGCCACAGACUGCAGAGACGAGCUGAAGAGGAGGAAACGAUAGGAGGAGGGGAAGCGUGUUUAUCGCCAUGAUCACUACAGCACUGAUGGUGGACAUUAACUCUGCCCUGCCCCUGCGUCUGCCCCCGGCUGCCAUCCCCAUGGACCUACGCAUUGACCAGCACCAUCACCAGCAGCAGCUGUCCAUUUCUCCUUCUGCAGCCCAGGCCAGAGAGCAGCAGCUGUCCAUGUCUCCUUCUGCAGGACAGGCCAGAGAGCAGCAGCUGUCCAAGUCUCCUUCUGCAGCCCAGGCCCAGGCGUCUGCAGCCCAGGCCAGAGAGCAGCAGCUGCAGCAGGAGCUCCUGUCCCUGAAACAGAAACAACAGAUCCAGAGACAGCAGCUCAUCGCUGAGUUCCAGAGGCAACAUGAGCAGCUCAACCGGCAGCAUGAAGCCCAGCUACAGGAACACGUUAAGCACCAGCAGGAGCUCCUGGCCCUGAAACAUCAGCAGGAGCUGUUGGAGCACCAGAGGAAGAUGGAGAACCACCGUCUGGAGCAGGAACUGGAGAAACACCAACGAGAACAGAAACUACAGCUGCUGAAGAACAAGGAGAGAGGACAGGAGAGUGCAGUGGCCAGUACGGAGGUGAAGAUGCGACUGCAGGAGUUUGUGCUGAACAAGAAGAAGGCUCUGGCCCAGAGGAGUCUCAACCACGGGGGGUUGCCCAACGACCCCCGCUACUGGUACGGGAAAACUCAGCACACUUCCCUGGACCAGAGCUCUCCUCCUCAGACUGGUAUGGGUACCUACAACCACCCUGUCCUGGGCAUCUACAACGCUAGAGACGACUUCCCCCUCCGCAAGACAGCCUCUGAGCCCAACCUGAAGCUACGUUCUCGUCUGAAGCAGAAGGUGAGCGAGCGACGGAGCAGCCCCCUACUGAGGCGUAAAGACAGCCCGAUCACAACCGCCAAGAAACGCUCACUGGAUAUGGCAGAUUCAGCGUGUAACAGCGCUCCUGGAUCCGGCCCCAGCUCUCCUAACAACAACAGCAUCAGCAACAUCCCCAAUGAGAACGGUGUCACUGUGGCAGUCUCCAACAGCAUUGAUGUGUCCCUGGCACAGCGGUUGUGUGGUGGUGAACUCAGCCAGCUGUCUCUGUACACGUCCCCCUCCCUCCCCAACAUCACCCUAGGUCUGCCUGCCACGGCCUCCUCUGCUUCCAAUGUGACCUCAGCCCAGCAGGAUGGGGGUCAACAUUCAGCCCUCUCCCUCAGCCCCCCAUACCUAGGCGGUGCCCCCCUAGCCACCUACCUGGCUGACGGAGGGGGCGCAGGGGGGCACGGCCCACUACUGCAGCACUUGGUCCUGCUGGAACAGACUGGCGUGCACGGGCCCCUACUGGCAGGUGUGGACGCCCUCCAGUCUCCCUCCAUCCACAAGCUGCGCGGGCAGCACCGUCCCCUGGGUCGGACCCAGUCGGCCCCACUGCCCCAGCAGAACGCCCAGGCCCAGGCCCUGCAGCAGCUGGUGGUCCAACAGCAACACCAACAGUUCCUGGAGAAACACAAACAGCAGUUCCAGCAGCUACACAUCAACAAGAUGAUGGGCAAGCCCAGUGAGCCCACGGGGGCCCGGCAGCACCAGAGUCACCCGGAGGAGACCGAGGAAGAGCUGAGGGAGCACCAGGCCCUCUCUCCCCAGGACGGAGGCUUUCCGUGUGGGAUCGCCAUCAAACAAGAGCCCCCAGACCCCCAAGAGAACCAGGAGGAGGACAUGCAGCAGGAACUACUGUUCAGACAGCAGGCCAUGUUGUUGGAGCAGCAGAGAAUCCACCAGCUGAGAAACUAUCAGGCUUCCAUGGAGGCAGCCGGUCUGUCAAUCACCUUCCCAGGUCACCGCCCCCUCUCCAGGGCCCAAUCAUCUCCGGCCUCCGCUUCCUCCUUCCCCAUCUCUGUCCCGCCCCCUGAGCCUCCCUCCAAACCUCGCUUCACCACAGGGUUGGUGUAUGACUCUCUGAUGCAAAAGCACCAGUGUAUGUGCGGGAACACACACACCCAUCCGGAGCACGCCGGCCGCGUCCAGAGCAUCUGGUCCAGACUGCAGGAGACAGGACUUAGGGGACAGUGUGAGUGUAUCCGUGGUAGGAAGGCCACUCUGGAGGAGCUCCAGACAGUCCACUCUGAAGCCCACGUCCUGCUGUAUGGAACCAACCCCCUCCGACAGAAACUAGACUGUUCAGUCACGCCCAUGUUGGUCAGAUUACCAUGUGGAGGAGUGGGGGUGGACAGUGACACCAUCUGGAACGAGGUCCAUUCCUCUACUGCAGUUCGUCUGGCUGUAGGUUCUGUGGUGGAGCUGGUGUUCAAAGUGGCCACUGGUGAACUGAAGAACGGCUUUGCUGUGGUUCGACCCCCUGGACACCAUGCAGAAGAGAGCACUCCCAUGGGCUUCUGCUACUUUAACUCAGUAGCCAUCGCAGCCCGACUGCUCCAACAGAGACUCAACGUCUGCAAGAUCCUCAUAGUAGACUGGGAUGUUCACCAUGGCAACGGGACCCAGCAGGCAUUUUACGACGACCCCAACGUGCUGUACCUGUCUCUCCAUCGAUACGACGAUGGAAACUUCUUCCCUGGCAGCGGAGCACCCGACGAGGUGGGCAGUGGUCCAGGAGUAGGUUUUAACGUUAACAUGGCCUUCACCGGUGGGCUGGAGCCACCUAUGGGAGAUGCAGAGUACCUGGCAGCCUUCAGGUCUGUGGUGAUGCCCAUAGCUAAUGAAUUUGCUCCUGACGUGGUGCUGGUUUCCUCAGGCUUCGACGCCGUCGAGGGUCACCCUCCUCCCCUAGGCGGUUACACCCUCACCUCCAAAUGUUUUGGGUACCUGACGCGUCAGCUGAUGACCCUGGCGGAGGGUCGCGUGGUGCUGGCAUUGGAGGGAGGUCACGACCUCAUGGCCAUCUGUGACGCCUCCGAGGCCUGCGUCUCCGCUCUGCUGGGCAACCAGCUGGAUCCUCUCCCUCAGGUGCUUCUGGACCAGAGACCCAACCAGAAUGCUGUGUCUUCCAUAGAGAAGGUUAUAGAAACACACAGUAAGUACUGGCGCUCCAUGCAGCGUGGCUCCCCCAGGCUGGGCCUGUCUGUGCUGGAGGCUCAGAGAGGAGACUCGGAGGAGGCUGAGACCGUCAGCGCCAUGGCCUCUCUCUCCGUGGCCAACAAACAGAGCAGGUCGGAGGAGGAACCCAUGGAGGAGGAAGCACCAUUAUAGGGGGGGAAGCAUAAGGGCGUCGCACCGUGACUGUCGGCCUCUGCAGCUCGGAAGACUACCUUCUGGAGAGUCUCGACUGUCCCAUUCAUUUAGUCCCUCCACGCCGUGCCUAACACCUUGAUUGGCAGCUCCUCUGCCAAUGAGGGAGAGGGAUGGGCUUCAGAGUAGGGAGUCAAUGGGGAUAGGAUAUGAAGGACGGAAGUGACAAAGCGCUGCAGCUCAGCGCGGUCAGCUCACCGUGACUCUAAAGAGACGUUUGUUUCUGCCAGUCAGACUGAGGCAUCCCCAGAAGACGCCCCCAGAAGACACCCUAGCACCGAGGCAGGGCGUGGGUACUCAGAGUGGAGGAGGAGAAGGGAAAGAUCUGGUGCUUUUCAGAGCUCCCCCGUGGCCAAAUAUGGAGACAGAGGACGGGACAAGUCCGGCUGUCACACAAAGCUUGGACAUUUAUUUUCUCUCCUGCUUUUGUCCUCCUAAAUGGAGGACAUGCUACUGAUGGAGAUGGUGGCUACUGAUGGAGAUGGUGGCUACUGAUGGAGAUGGUGGCUACUGAUGGAGAUGGUGGCUACUGAUGGAGAUGGUGGCUACUGAUGGAGAUGGUGGUUACUGAUGAGAGAUGGUGGCUACUGAUGAGAGAUGGUGGCUACUGAUGGAGAUGGUGGCUACUGAUGAGAGAUGGCGGACAAAAAAGCCCCUAGGAGAAUUGUCGGGCUGUCAUUGGCUGAGGACAGUAGACUUGACUGUGGUUGGCCGUUGAGCAAGCGGCCUUUGCCGUUAUUGGAUGAUGAGGCUAUUGGAUCUUUGCCUUAUUGAUGCAGCUGGUAGUUCUGUGAUGGAGGGUCCACCAAUGAGAGAGUGCCUUUGUGAAGCUCUGAUGGAUUUCAGGAUUGAGUCAGAAAUGAAGAUUGCCUUAAAUGAUGUUCCUGACCAGGGGGGAGAGAGAAAUACAUUUUCCUGUUUGAAAGAGGACAGGAUGGUGGAAUAACUGAUCUUUCAGCAUGUUUACCAGGAUUGUGACGUAGACAGCGUUUGUCUCUCACAGCCUCUUUUAGGGGUUAUUCAACUUUUGGAUUGAUAUAUUUUUCUGUAAAAACGCUUCAAAAAGGUAGUUGCAAGCAAACAUUUGAAACGUUCAACUUCCAGUUGAUUCGUAAAGCACUGUUGAAGGUUAGCCUUAUGUAGCUUCCCUUUAUCACAUAACGAAUCGCUAACGAUAAAAAAAGCAUGUCUCACCGGAAAGACCUGUCGGUUGCGAGGUUAAAGGUUAUCCAAAAAGAAGUAGUCAAGCAACAAAAAAAAGCCAAAGCAUGAGUUUGCAUCCAGCUCUUUCGUACCACUAGUAACAGCAGGCACACACAGUACUGCUACUGGCUUUCUCAAACAAGGCUUUUGAUACCAUGCACACUGUUCUGGAGGUAACGGAUCAAACAUAUAUAUCUCAACCUUUAGUUAAAUAAUUAUUCAAUUCCAAUGUAUUGUUUGGCAACUACCUUAGUUAAUAGUUCCUAUAAACAUCUUGUCAUGUAUAUUGAAUUGAACAUAUUGUAAAGCCAAGUGUUAAUUUGCCAUCUUUGAAACUAUCAUUUCCACAUCAAGCUAGUCAAUCGACUAUACCAUCAUCAACUUUUUCUUAAUCAAUGAUCUCAAGUGUGUGACAAUUCUAUUUUUGGCAUGUAUUGAAAAUCUCUAAUUUUUAACAUACAUUUUAUAUCUGCGUAUUUGUCAUUUUGUGUUGUUACUCUGUACAGUUGAUGUGCCACUUGCUCUUAGUGUCCUCCUCAUGCAUUGGGAUGGAGAUCAGCCUUUCUACUUUAUACCAUGAUUCCAGCAAUUGUCUAUUUACUUACAGAAUGAUCCUGUUUACAGAGAAGUUGUACAUGGGAAAACCUAGAAAUAUAUUAUAUACGUAGCCUACAUGAGAGCUAUGACGUUGUGAAAGAGACUAGCUAUGGCAAAGAUGGUAUCACUCCAGUAAAUAACUCUAAAAACCUUAUGUGGGGGAUUGAGGUUGACUGCACUGUUUUAAGUUGGCCCUGGUUGGAGCAGGCCCUGCACUCAGCAGCACUGUUUUAAGUUGGCCCUGGUUGGAGCAGGCCCUGCACUCAGCAGCACUGUUUUAAGUUGGCCCUGGUUGGAGCAGGCCCUGCACUCAGCAGCACUGUAUUUGGUCUCUCUUCCACACAUCACUCUGAACACAGAAAGGGGAACACACUGAUUUGUUUUUGUACUGUAUUGUUCCUGGCUGCACUGUAGCUAGCUAGACUCUCAAGAAAAGCAUGGGGCAUUUUAAAGACACUUAGCUUUCGCAUUUUACUUCAUUGGGACCAACCAAAAUGUCAUACCGAGGUUACUUUUGACACAAUAAUACACUGUUGUUGCUUGAUAGCAUGGUUACUGCUGUGCUGCCAUGGUUACUGCUCUGCUGCCAUGGUUACUGUACAUUAGCAUACCUCAAUUUCAGAAAAUGUUGUGACAUCACUUCUUCCUGUUGUCGCUACAUUAGUGGGGUUGUUAAGAAACCACAGUCAUGAUAUUAGUGGGUAGGCAUGGUCUCAUUGUAGUUCAAACUAUUCUCAUCCCGAGUAAAUAACUCCUUUUACUUUUCAAUAAUGUUCUUACACUAAUUUUGGUAGUAUCAUGUUUCCUUUUCAUGAUUUAUUUUUGCUUUGCUUUGUGUUUGCUCUGACUCACCGUUCCUAUGAAUUGUUUCAGAGCCCCAGGUUUUGGUAUGUUCCUUUAAAAAACAUUUCUUUAACGUUUCUGGGUUUUUUCUUUCACGGCCUCUAAUUCUCUGCAUGGUUUGUCUGUCCGCAUGCCUGUCUGACUGUACGUCUGUGUAACACUGUAUUUGCACAGUAGAAGAAAACUGGAGGACUAAAUCUCAUCCCAGAAAACCCAGCGUGAAUGUCUCUUCUUCUUUGGUGUACUAAGGAUACAAAGGACUUAACUUGUCAAAAUGAAUUCCACAUUAGAUUAAAAAAAAUUCAAAUGCUCAGUUCUUGCAGGGAAAUUACCCAGCACUUAAACAAGAUAAUGGACAAUAGACUUGACUAUGUUUAGAGUAAGAGGAAUAUGGAUUAGCUAGGCUAAUCUCCGAGUGUAUUUAUGCUGGCUUCACAUGCUCAUGGGAAAUGGGGAAGUGGGACAAUUAAGUCCGACAUGAUUGUGUUUAAGUGCUUUUGAAGUCGGAAAAAAUGUUGCUAGCUUAUCAAGGUUGCUAAUAAUAAAGUUAGCUAGCUUGCUUAACAUUGACAAUAUGGUCAAACUAGCUACGUUCUCCAUAUUGAUGAGGUCAUAGUUGUCAAACUGAUUUGUUAUUUUUUUUGGUUGUAAAGGUUAAAGGUCAGUGAUGAAAUGUCACAACUCGCCAACUCGGGCAACAACAUUUUCUCAGUUUCCCACUUGAAAUUCUGACUUGGAGGGUCACUCAAGUGAAACUUCUCAGUUGGAAAUAGGAACUUCCGAUACCACACGAACGUGGCAUUACACCCAUCUAGACUGCUUGUCUCUCCCUAAGAGUGUUUCUAGAGUGUUGGGGACAGACACACAAAGUAGACAAUGGCUAAAACGUCAGACCUUUAAACACUCCAUAUGUGGUUGAUUGGAAGGGAUUUUUCUGCAGACUCUUAUCCACUUAAGCCAGUUGUAUUUAAAACCACUGUGGUUAAAAAGAGCUAUUCUCGGUUUACAUAUGUAAAUGAAAAAGUUAUUUUUGUUUUCUUUCCAUUCCAUUGUUACAAAUGAUAUCUUGUUGGGACCUAUAUGCUUUUGACAUUUUGUCUCAGACAUAAACUCUAAAAUAUAUUUCUGAAAAAUGAA